UUAUUCCUAUUUAGAAAAUUAAAAAUAGACUUAAGAUUCAUGUGGGUUGUGCGAAUGUGUACAUUGUUAGUCAUAGUGAUGUUGGUCUGUGGUACAUACUGUAGAUAUGUGUGACGUCAAGGCAGAGAGACGGGAUGUGCGUCGUAAACAGUACACUCAUUGAUUUCAUUCUAGUCCAUGUGAUUAAGUAGGACUAUGCAUUUUUAUAUGUUGACUCAAAUGCAAGUCUCAGGCGGGAGGCACAUGUGAGUCAUUUGUUCCAGGUGGCAGCACAGCCAAAUAGUAAUUAUAAAAGUGUAAAAGUAAGUCAGCAGCGUUAUUGUACAGUUGUUUAUUCACCCUUAAUGAUAUGAAUUACCACAUUAUUCAUUGGAAAGUCAUCUGUUCCACGGUCACACUAUCAGCAUAAUAAGCUACACUGAGAAAGAACGUCGGUUGUUAGUUAACUACUACUAAUUUAUUAUGCCUUCUAAGCGACAGUGCGCCAAAGAAAACAUGUCAGAGAGACGAAACAUGCCCACAAUAUUGGUCGUGCUUUUGAUCCCAACCACUCAACUGUUGUGACCAUCAUUCAGGAUAGAGAUUAUUCAAUGCUAAUCAGUGCUAGAGGGGUCAUGGAUUCCGUGCGCUUGUUACAAGGAGAUCUGGGAGGCUAUCCUUCCAGACUAUCCUGUGACAAUAUUUUAAGAAGGUAGAAAGACCUGCAAGUCAACCACAGGGAUAAAAGUAAGAAGUUGUUCUCUUUUUAUUACCGUUUCAUUUAAUUCUUGUAUUUAGUGUUUUUAUUACAUUAUUUUAUUUUUUCUUCAUGUGUUCUCUAUACAGUGUGAGUGAGUUAAUUUAGGUGUAAGUUCUGACUCAAUUGUUUGUAACCCCAGGACUACUUGUACAUUGUACUGAGCAGCUCGGACAGAGGCACAUGUACGGCUCUCCCGUGUCGCAGCAACUUCAAACACUCCAAAAAUACAUAGAGUGGACCCCAAAGGCCUUGGAAUGCUAGUUGUCCUUUGAUCUGUUCUGUUUCGAAACAUGCUCCUCGUUGAAUAUGAAUUAAUCUCUUCCGGGGGCAAGCUGCCGUCAUCAGGAAGUAAAUUAAAGAAUUAAGAAAAUAAAAUGACGUCUUGCGUAACAGGCAUGUGGUGUUUAAGGAAGUGGUGAAAGGGGGGGAUUGCUGAAUAUGAGUCAUGCAUUGUGCUUUUUAACAUUCUUUAAAGUAAUAGAAGUAAUCAAAGGUUGAAAAAUGCAAAACAUGCAGUGGGAGAUUAAUUAUUGCAUGUGCCUGGCAGGUGGGUGUCUUCGAGGGGUGUCACAAUAUCUCGCAAGAUAAAAACGUGACAAGAUUUCUUGUUCAGAAAAAAAAUGUCUUGUGGGCACUAGGUUUGGGAUGCUAAUAAACACAUUAAUCAUUCAAUGAACUCGAUAAUUUUGCCAGACUCAAGAUACUGCCAGAUGCAUGCGUGUCUGUUUUCCACUUCUCAUGCUUCCAAAAAGGCAGGAAGAGGGUUCACUCUGUGCAUUGCUUUCAGCACCUUGGAGCGUUUGUUCCCCAGAACGACCGCACGAACAGAGUGAGCCCUUUUGUCAGUCAUACCGUCUGUUUGUCUCGGUGGGUGGAGACAGUGCCAGUAGCAUACUAACAGAGUGCAGAAGACUAUAACAUAGAAAUCACAUUAGUAGACUGGAAUAUAUAAAUAUAUUUUUUCAUUGUUCUUUCUUAAAAGUAAAAUCUUGUCUCAUCUCGACCUCGUAGACCCAAUCUGAACAGAGUGUGUCGUGACACCUGUAGUGUCUUCACAUCAAGACUGAAUUAAAUUCCUUUUUUAAUUAUUAUUGAUGUCAGUUUACCUAUAUUUUACUGAACAGCCAGGACAGACGUCGCAGCGACUUCCAUUCUGGUUCUAUGGUUGCUACACUCCAUAUUUUCUGCUGUCGGUGUAAUGUCCAUGUGUUUCAGUACUUUUGUCCAUCAACAUUCAUGUGUUCUCUCUCAUGUAAAUGCUGUAUUAGACCCUGCACACAACAUUAUUUAUCACCCAUUUGGAUGAUCUUGUCUUUAGGGACAGCCACUUAGUGUCUUGACUGUGUUGCUUACGUUAGAGUCAUGAUCUUUUAUUGAGAUUCGACGUAAAACUGAUACUUUUUGCUCUAAAUAAAUCUGCUUUUAUUGUUGUUGUUUGUUUUACAAACCCGGUUCUUGUUUUUGACUGCUACACACUUUGUAAUCGUCUAAUUGUAUUGUAUUCCGCUGCUACUGUGCCCCUGAUGCAAUGCUGUUAAAUGCCCCCCUCCCCCGUCAAAAGCAUUAUAAAGUUGUGUGUAACUGUGUUGUUGGAGUGUGUGCAUACGGCCAUUGUUGCGUGUUUCCUGUUGUUCAGGUUGGACUUAUGUGUGCAUGUCUGGGACAGGGGUCACUGCUUUUUGUCUCUGCUGUACACUCUUCCUCUUGCCUAUGCAACACUCAACCUUGGCUAUUUUUAAAGCUGUCUCUGCCCCCGACUCCCACCCCCCCAGAUCCACCACCUAUGGUUGUAACGCUCGCAGAGGAUCAGGUGUCUGGAAAGCCUCAUACACGUUUUGGGUGCAUGGGGACAGAAACGGAGGUCAAAAGGAGGAGUUGUUGGUUUUCAUGUUGACCAAUCACUAACAAAUAGCAUGUUGAGAUUUUUGUAAUUGAUUCAUGAGGCAGAAGUAUGUGUGUACCAUUUUUUGAUGCUACCCUCCUGCUGCGCAAUAAAGUACAGUUCUAUGGUUACACUUUUCAGUGCCAUCACUGGUAGCUUUCUGUGGCAACGUCACAAAAAACGCACAGGUUAAAUCUUUAUAUCGGGGUGUCCAAACUUUGUCUAUAAGCUUUUUGAAGUAAACUUUGGCAUUUCAGCUUUUCAACUGUCACGCUUACAAACUCCGGUUUUCGUCAUUAAGUCUAUCCAAAAGGUCAGGCGAAAACCAAAACGUACGAAAACCGAGGCAAUUUUUCCAAAUCCAAUUAAUCUGUUCCAGACAUCCAAAAAUAUUAACAAAAAAUAAAUUUAAUAGAAAAUAAUUAUUGUUUUACAAAAAACUUUCUUUGGUCCCAUGGUGCAGGCACUCACGCCCACUAAAAAAUGCACAGACAGAGAGUCAACUUGGGUACUGGAUUUUGCAGAAUGAUACAGUACAGUGCAAAUGGACUAGUUUGUUAGGUGCAAUAUGGUAUGAAAAUUGAGACAGCGUGCGAAAACAGGCAAAUUUUUUGCCAAAAUUUUCUAAGAAAACCGAGUCAUAUGAAAACCUGGGGUGUACAGUAUGUAAACCGAGGUUUGACUGUACGCCCUUGACUGAAGUUUGAUUUGUGAUUUUUUUUUUUUUUAUUUUAUGUUUAGAAUGUGUCAAAAAAAAACCAAAAAAACGUAGGGCAAAAGUGACCCUGGCCCACACUUCGGGCACUGCUGCUGUACAUGCUCACGGAGCUGAAGUCUUUGGCGACGUCAUGGAUGAUGAUAGAGGUGUAUGUUUCUGGCAGCAUUUGGUUCAUCAAAUUGUACGACAUUAAAAGUUUUAAUAAUGUGCCAUCACAUGUGCUGUAUAAAGAAAAUAACCAGGCUAGGCUUUGUAAGACAUAAUGAAAUUAGGAUAAGGAUAAUGCUGCUCUUAUAAUCGCUAAAUAGAGUUUGUAUUCUAAUAUUCACCUGCGUUUUUACUUAUUGAGAGAAAAAAAUAGGCCUAAUAAACAAACUCACCAGCUGGCACUGAAACAGAGCUGUCACUUUUAGUUUACAGCAGAACUGGAAGUUUUUCCUCUUGUGUGUGUUUUUGUGCAUGCACGUACCUCUUUAAGUGGGUGAAGGUUCAUGCCUUCAGCCUGGAUUCACACUGUAAACUGAACUUUUCUAUUUGUCCACACUUGGCCCCUGGUCUUCCUCACAAACAUAACAAAUAUCACCUAUGCUUGUUUUGUUUUCUCGUUGUUGCAGCGUGCGGUGAUGAACUGUCAGUCAUUCAAAAGAAUGCGUUAUGUUUCACUCUACCCUCCAGGUACCGUACCGCUGUGGUGUGGUACCAAAACAUAGGAAUUUUUUUUGGUAUCUCCCCGCCUAAAAACUGUAAAUUCAAAGGACUGCAGUGGUGUUUCCAAACCUUUACAACUUUUUAACUUCCGGUCCGAUACCGAUAUUACAGCAUUGAAUAUGGGCCGAUACCAACAUCAAUCUGAUAUAAUCACGAAUCAUACUUACUUUUAUUACUUACUUUGUUGUAUGGAAUGUUACUAAAGGCUUGAUCGAGUGUUUUUACUCAAACAGAGAACAAUAAUCAGCAACAGUAGGUAUGAGGAAAAACUGACCUAUUUACUUCCUUACACGUGUGGGGUAUAGUUUUAUCCAUAAUGUAGUGGCUAGGCAUAAUAUAGCGAGGUUCAAUUACACCCGACUUUACUCACCACCGACAGGGGCUGGUAGUCUUUUCUGUUACAGCGAAUGACUUCUUGUUGUCUCGUGGGAGUUUCUCAGGCUUUGCAAAUGUGUCAAUCAGCGGCGGAUGUUUCAGCCUCGGUGCCCUAGAACUGUGCGAUGAGUUUGGUUGUAUUAAACUUUUCCGGUGCAGUGCCACCAUGGGAAACUAGUGCAUGACAAGUGUUGCACACAGCUGCAACAUCUUUUUCGGACUUUAAUAAAAUCGUCCUAUUGCAUGCUAAACACGUUAGCACACGUUGUCGUGAUCACGUGGGCUCUGUCUGUGGCCGCUGCUUGAUGACAUGCGGGUGUGGAGUGCUCGUAUUGGAGUGCCUAUAAAAGAGAUAUAGAUGCAGGCCGAUAUAAUCCGAUACUCGUUUUAUUGCUGAUAUCGGCCCCAUAUCAGACAUCAAUGUUGGAUCGAGACGCCCCUAACCUUUUAGUAACAAAGAUUUCAAACUUGCCAUGACUUACUCUGUUCGUUGAAUGGCAACAGGUGGAUUCACAUAUUACUUGUGUAUCUUUUCCCAUCUAGUGGAAGAAAAGUUAAUUGUUCUGCCUAUCACUAUGCAUCACGGACAUUGAUAGAUGAACAAAGAUUCAUUAUUUGUACUUAGGCUUGUACUUUGAAACGAUGAAAAGUUGAUAAUUUUGCCGCCUUGAUAAAUUGACAUUUGCAUAUAUGCCUGUUUGUUUUCAUCGAUGACAAGAGGGUUCACUCUGCAUGUGUCUGUGCACAUUGGUUCUAUAGUGGAAUGAACAAAGAGAGUGAACCGUCUUCUCAUUCAGCCUCUUUGUGGAGGCGGGGCUACUAGUGAGUGUAUAAACAGACACAGUGCUAGCAGUUAGCGAGCAAACGCACAAAAGCCAUGGUUUCCAAGCCGGAUGCCACAGCCGGAUGCAGAGCCUUCUUCCUGACAGUCAACAUUUACUGAGACGUUUGAUCUGCAAAGUAAAUAUAAGAACGAAAGAGCCCAAAAUGGUGCGCGCUCACGGACAGUGUUGCUCAUUACAUUGCAAAAGAAAUGCAUCCUUUCAAUACAGUUGAAAAGCCAACAUUUGGAGUACAAAUUGCCUGGGAGAAUGUACAGUACAUGUCACAAACAGCACUUGUUGAAGGGCAUCAAAAACACUGCUUUUUAUUCCGCCAACACACAUAACACUACACAACCGUGUGUGUGUUUUUUUUUUAUUGGAGUGUUUUUUUUCUUAAUAGAGGUCUAUUUUUUUAUUGUUUUUGGUUAUUAUUGAGAAGUGCAAUUUUUGCUCAAAGAGACUGAGUCUAUUUUAUUAUUGAUUUUUUGUCUUUUUUUUGGUUUAUGUUGUUUGUUUGUUUAAUUUAUUUAAAAGCUCUUGCCGAUACGCAUUUUUUGGUUUUUGAUCCGAUCCAAUUUGUUGUAAAUAAUAUCGAUUAUCGACAAUAAUUUGUAGAACAAUUAAUUAAAAAUGUGUUAUCGUGACAGUGACAGGCCUAUUUGUAGUAAAUAAAUGCACAUUUCCAGACCAAUUUACUGAAAUUGGAUAAUUUCCUGUGGCACAGUGCUUAGGAAUCACUGCUCUAAAUGACCAUUUAAUGGCUAUGAAAUGUCAUAUCUGAAGGUGUUUCUUUGUGGUGAAGGAUGACUGAAUGGAGAACAGAGGGCACAAUGUGAGGGAAAACAAGCGGAUUGUUUUUAUGGCCUCUUCACUGGCUUGUCCUCCCACCCCCAAAACAAUGUCAUCUGCCAAUUGGGUUUAAUGUCAAAGGGAGUCACGUGCGGCGAGCUACCAAUGACGAAUGUGUCUGAGAUCUUUGGUCCAGGCAACUUUUAAAAGCAGCAUUGGGGACAGAGCUGAGAAGACACGUACGAAGAGAGCUCAUUGUCUUUGGGAAUUUUCUGACAAGUCGACUCGCAUACGAAGGGAGUGCAGACCAGGAAAGCCUCCCCCAUCCAUCCUUUCUAUCUCUUCCCUGUGGGCCAUCCCUUCCUCGUGUGUGUCUCGCUUGCUCGCUCUCAUUCACUCAUUCUCUGUUUCUCCUCCACGCUCACAAGAGAGGACACAGACAAGGACAGAAGCUUGAAUCCGGAUGCUGCAAGGCAGGCCCCAACCCGCUCCAUUAAGCAUUGCAGGAUUACUGUUGGAGGGAUGGACUUGACCGCGUCUCUGCAACAAAUCAGCCAAGCCAAAUAACCACACGCUUACAUGAUGGAUACCAAGGCGGUUUUUGUGGCCCUAUACAACGUCUGCGAGGAGAAUGCCUCCUUCUUCUCAGGAGGAGCCAAAGGGCCACAGAGUGACGCUGCCAGGCGCCUGGUGGACACCAUGAAGCUGAUCCAGGAGCACGCUCGCAGUCUGGAGCCUGUCAUCUCUGGCUUUGCGGCUGUCUACCACCAUUUUGACUUUGACCCCCACAUACCCGCCAACGGCUAUCGCUCACUAGUGAAGGUGGUGCGUUGCUGCCUUCUUCACAUCAUCCACAAGGGGCGCUACAUCACCGCCAACCGCCGCAGCAUCUUCUUCCGUGUCGCCCACAACGCCGGCGAGAUGGAGGCGUACUGCAAUGCUCUAUGCCAGCUGCGGGCGCUGCUCUACUUGGCCCAGCGGAUGCUGCAUGAUAACAGCCACGGUGAACUCUUCUUCCAGGACGAGUGCGGCCUCAGCGAGAGCUUCGUACGCGAAUACAGCUCCAUGCACAAGGGCUGCUUCUACGGCCGCUGCCUGGGAUUUCAGUUCACGCCAGCCAUCCGGCCCUCUCUGCAGACCAUAGCCAUAGGACUUGUGGCCUUUGGAGAGAACUACAGACGGCAUCAGUCGGGAAUAGGUGUAGCAGCCAGCUCCCUUUUUACGUCAGGCAAGUACGCCAUCGAUCCAGAGUUGAGAGGGGCAGAAUUUGAGCGCAUCACUCAGAACCUUGAUGUCCAUUUCUGGAAGACUUUCUGGAACAUUACUGAGACUGAAGUGCUUUCGAGCCUCGCCAGUAUGACCUCUGUUACAGUCAAGGUGAACCGAGCGCUCUCUGUGCCUCCUGUGUCCUUUGACCUCCCUCUCGCAGCCAACCACACAGCCUCCGUGACCAUAGCGCCACCAUCAGCGCACAUCGGCACCGCUCCUGUUCAGAUGAGACUCAUCUCCUAUGACUUACGGGAAGGACAGGACAGUCCGACGCUGUUGGCUCUCACCCGCUCCGAGGCAGGCUCCAUCUCCCUUUCACUGGGUCUGAAGACCAAGCAUCUGCCUUCAUCCCCCUGCCUCCUCAUCCACUUCCACGGGGGAGGCUUUGUGGCUCAGACAUCCAAAUCCCACGAGCCCUAUCUCAAGAGCUGGUCCCAGGACCUUGGCGUCCCCAUUCUGUCAGUGGACUACUCCCUGGCACCCGAGGCUCCCUUUCCACGGGCGCUGGAGGAGUGCUUCUAUGCGUACUGCUGGGCACUGAGAAACCACCACCUACUAGGCUGGACCGGCGAGAAAGUGUGUCUGGUGGGCGACAGUGCAGGAGGAAACCUGUGCGUGACGACGUCAUUGCGUGCCGCGGCCUACGGCGUUCGAAUGCCAGAUGGCAUUGUGGCUGCCUACCCGGCCACCUUGCUGACCGCCUACGCCUCACCCUCCCGUCUGCUCACCCUCAUGGACCCCCUGCUGCCGCUCAGUGUGCUCUCCAAGUGUCUCAGUGCCUAUGCAGGUAAUGAGCCGCAGACGGAGAAGCAGGUGGAGAAGGUGAGCACACUCAGCAUGAUGCGGAGGGACACGGCACUGCUGCUGCGAGACUUCCGACAGGGAGCGUCCAACUGGAUCCAUGCUUUACUGGACUCAAACAGAGCUGCCAACCCCCCCAGCACGGAUGCAGAGUCUGGACAAGCCACUGAUGCGGUGAGGAAGAGCGUGUCAGAGACGUCAGUCUCUUCUCCUCACGUGGACCCCACGGUGCCCUCGGAGCCCUCAAACUUCCACACUGGGAAAUUAUCUGGGAAGAGCCAGACAUGCCAGGACCUGGGAAUUCAUAAUUCCACCUCCCACUGUGCGCCCCUCCUCUCUGAACGCACUCCUGAAGAAGUCAACUUCUCCAUCUCAAAUGAACCUGAUUCCCCCCCGUCUGACGACCUGCCUUCCGUGGCAAUACCACCUCCUGGUGGCGAGGAGGGAUCUGAGUUCCCGAUGGGCUUUGAGCCCCUGCGCUCGCAGCAGCUUUCUGAGAUGAAGUUGCACAGUUCGCCGGUGGUAAAGGACCCGUUCUGCUCCCCUCUGCUGGCCCCAGAUAGCAUGCUGAAAGCUCUUCCGCCUGUUCACAUCGUGGCUUGUGCUCUGGACCCCAUGCUGGAUGACUCUGUGAUGUUUGCCAAGCGCCUGAGGAACAUCGGGCAGCCUGUCACGCUGUGCGUGGUGGACGACCUCCCCCACGGCUUCCUCAGCCUAUCACAGCUCUCCAGGGAGACCAGGGAGGCUGGCGAUGUGUGCGCAGAGCGAAUCCGCGCCGUCUUCACCCAAGAGGAGACGCCCCCGGAGCCGCGCAAGCACCGCAAGCUGGAACGGACCGACAGGGGCAUGCUGGCCCCCUCCGAGGAUGCCGCUACCCUCUUUGACGGAGGUGAGCUGGACGAAGGGGUUGGGGCUAAAACGACUGAAGAUUUUGUAACUGUGGCUCAAGGCAGCACUGACAUUGGGGGUGUGGAGGCUUAGAUAAACUUAUAUUAUAAGACUCUAGUUCAUACAAGCAGUAAAGAUCACCAGAGACAAAAGCCCCUUUCAACCUGCCUGUAAAGGCCAGAUUUUUUUGCCACCUGUUGCUAUUCUGUAUAAAUGGCAAUGACACGGAAUGGGGUGGAAUCAGAGCCGUAACAGAGGCGGGACAAUACCUGUGUGUAAGUUUAUUCUGCAAUUCUGGGACCAGGGUGCAAAGUUUAACACCAUGUGUUGAAAGCAAUUGUCGCUGUCCAACAAGUAUUCACAUUCUCAUUGAAUUUAUCCCAUUGUUGCUGUGUGAAAGCCCAAUAUCGCUAUAGAUAAAUAUAGAUAAACACCGCGUCUGCUGUUACGGCUCUGAUGCGACAGUUAUGCGUAAUUUCUGUGUGUGAAAUUUAGGCAAGCAAAUGCUUAUACCAGAAGGAGAACGCAAUUGACAAUGAUGAGGAAUUCUUCCUCUGCUUUAAAACAAUGGCAUUCUUGUAUGAAAGCCAUACUGCAACUAUAACGUAGUCAUCCAUGAGUAAUUGUAAUGUAGCAGUAGGGAUUUUUUUUAAACAUAGCUCAGCACUCGCCUACACAGGGCACCGUGGAUGAUUUCUCCAAGUCGAAAACGUUGACGUGUGAUUCAUCAUUCACUGAGGCCGCUAAUCAGAUAAAACCCUCCUUUGUCAAAUCAUUGCAAUCUGAAUGGCCCCUUGUCCUGGUGGAGAGUCUCUCCAAAUCACACUUGAUAACUGUGCAUUGUGCUCUCUCCAUUACUCCCGUUUGCCGUCAAUACAGCUCCCGUUGUUGACACUAACACUGUUGACUCGUGGCCAAAUUGGAUUAACCCAACUUUAGAACAAAAGUGUAACAGAUGGAGAGGCUGCUCUGAAGUUUUAUUUCCUGGUAAUCAUUUGCUGUAGCACCCUAUUUUCUAUUUGCUGUAUGUAUUUAGUAGUUAAUCCACAUGCUGUUGAUUCCACAAUUUGAAUGUGCUCAGAACUUAAGGACCAAGUGCUCUGCUGGUAAAUGAGUACAUACUGUAAUAUUAGUUCAUACAAUAUUUACCCACACCGGUUAUUAUAAAUGCAAGUAAUGCAUUUUGGAACCUUGAGUAUUUCAGUGUCAGCGGCAAGACGCUAAAGAGUAUAUUUUCACACUUUCCUCAGCCGCACAAUCCCUGGCUGCUUCUUACUGCUCCUUCACACUGCACGCAGUGUGUCAAAGUCGCACUUCUGUCAACACGACCGAUUUCGUGCCUGACGUGCUGUUCACACAAAUCCCAAGUGUUGAUGCUUGAGGACCCUGACCAAGGAAAGAGAUUGCACGGGCCCUUGCUGCUGGUUCCCUCUCCACAGUCCUCUUAUUCCAAGCCGCAUCCAAUAACUUGAGGUCACGCCUUUUGGGAGUGUUUUGCAACAGAAGCACAAAAAUUGUUUUGUGGUGGGGGGGCUUUCUGUAACUGCCAACAAUGGUGGCGAUAGACUGCACACUGCAGGGUGGCGUCUUUCAGGUUCGAGUGAUGGAGGGGGGAAUGAUUUAGCCGAAGUGCUACAGAGGAGAGGGAUUUUCAGCAGUCGAAGACUUACUAUAGCGGAUUAGACGGCGCUCGCUUGUGUCAGCCUGAAAUAUUUACCGCAACAUUUCCCUGUCGGAUUGAUAAAGAAAGGCAGCACCGUCAAAGAGGAGGAAGACUGAGCUUUUUUUCAUCCUCUCUAGCGCGCUAGGCCUCAAGGUUGCGCCUUCUUGCACUUUUGCUGUGGUUUGUUUGAUGUUUGCGAGCGGCUUUAGGGCUUGUAGAAAUUUUUGGUUAUUUUGUCCGUCCUCGCCUGGUGCCUGAACCUACCACGUCGAUUGCACUGAGGCUGUACUAGCACUUUAAUCAUCGCCUGCUGCUCAAACGACCAAACUCAAGCAUAUUUUUGUUUCAUUUAAGCUGGGUGUACACUGUCAAUUAAGUACGAUUGUGACUCAAUUGUACUAGAAAAGUAGAUUUCUCGUCAUGUCAGGUGUCGUUUGUGAAAACCAAAGUGUCAGCUCUUAAACUGUCGUACGACAAUAGGGUGGGACUCUCAGUUGAGUAAGCUGCGAUACAAUACUACUGUGAAAAUUAUGCCAAUGCUAAUAUCGCGAUACAGCACUUGAUAUAAAGUCAUCCCUCGCUAAAUCGCGGUUCAAACAUUGUUCCCUCACUCUAGUGCGUUUUUUCAAAAAUGAAUUAAUUAGAAAUGAUUUCUUUUUCAUGGUUGACUGUGGCCUGUUAUUAGUCAAAAAAUAUUGAAAGGCAAGUUACAGUACAGACGCUUUCCAAAAAAUUUGAAUGUCAUGGAAAAGUUGUUUACUUUCCAUAAUUCCAUUCAAAAAGUUAAACUUUCAUAUAUUAUAGAUUCAGGGCCCACAAUUUAAACGAUUUCAAGUGUUCAAGUUUAUUUUUACAUAAUUUGGGCUUCCAGCUCAUAAAACACACGAAAACAGGAAUUCAAAAAAUUAGAAUACUGUGAAGAAAUCACCAUUUACUUCUCAGUUUUUGCAGGAAAAAAAAGAAAGAAAUUAGGAUCACAUCAAAUCAAUCAAAAUAUGGUACUUUCAAAACGAUAAGUCAAUCUUCAAUACUUGGUUGGGAAUCCCUUUGCCUUAAUCACUGCCUUGAUGCCACGUGGCAUUGAAGCAAUCAGCCUGUGGCAUUGCCUGGGAGUUAUGGAAGCCCAGAUUUCCUUGAUGCUUGCUGUCAGCUCUUCUUUGUUGUUGGGUCUGGUGCCCCUCAUUUUCCUCUUGAGAAUACCCCAUAGAUUUUCAAUGGGGUUUAGGUCCAGUGGGUUGGCUGGCCAGUCAAGCACUGUGAUGGCAUGGGCAUCAAACCAGGUUUUGGUGCUUCUGGCGGUAUGGGCAGGGGCCAGGUCCUGCUGGAAGAUGAAAUCUGCAUCUCCAUACAGAUCCUCAGCAGAAGGAAUCAUGAAGUCCUCUAAAACAUUCUGGUAGACUGUUGCGGUGAUCUUGGAUUUAAGAAAGCAGAGUUUACCAACACCUGCACCGGACAUUGCACCCCAAAUCAUGACGGACUGUGGAUAUUUCACACUGGACCUCAGGCAGCUUGGGUUCUGUUCCUCACCCGUCUUCCUCCAAACCCUUGGAACUUGAUUCCCAAAUGAAAGGCACACUUUGCUUUCAUCGGAAAAGAGGACCUUGGACCACUGGCCAACAGUCCAGUCCUUCUUCUCCUUGGCCCAGUGGAGACGCUUCCUACGUUGGCUCAGGUUCACAAGUGGCUUGACCCAAGGAACCCGACAGUUGUAGCCCAUCUCCCGGAUGCGUCUGAAUGUGGUGGUUUUUGAAGCUGUGACUCCCGCCUCAUUCCACUCUUUCUGGAUCUCUGCCAGAUUCUUGAAUCUUCCCUGUUUGAUAAUCCGCUGAAGCCCACGGUCAUCUCUUUUGCUGGUGCAUCUUCUCCUGCCACAUUUUUCCCUUCCUCUAGACUUUCCAUUGAUAUGCUUGGACACAGCACCGUGUGAACAACCAGCCUCCUUAGCUAUGAACUUUUGUGGCUUACCCAUCCUAUGGAGGGUAUCAAUGAUGGUCUUCUGGCCAGUUGUCAUGUCUGCAGUCUUCCCCAUAUUGAACCCAACUGAGACAAUUGAACCAAACUGAAGCAAUUUAAUGACACCUGGGGAAGCCUGUGCAGGUGAUUUGAGUUUAGUAGAUGAUUAGUGUGUGACACUCAGUUUAAAACAUUCAUGCCCUGCAAAAUUUGGGCUGAUUUCUUCACAGUAUUCAAAUUUUUGGAAUUCCUGUUUUCGUGGGUUUAGUGAGCUGGAAGGCCAAAUUACGUAAAAAUAAACAAAUAAACACUUGAAAUCGUUUAAAUUGUGGGCCCUGAAUCUAUAAUCUAUGUAUGGUCCUUCAUACCGACCGCUGUCAGGCUCCACAACACCUGCACCACCUGAACCAUGUUGUAUUCACUAUGUCACUAUGCAUUCUUUACUUGUGUAUCUUGCUUGCUGCUAUAACAAGUGGAUUUCCCUGCUGUGGGAUUAAUAAAGUACUACUACUACUAGUACUACUACUAAAGUUAAACUUUUUGAAUGGAAUUUUGGAAAUUAAACAACUUUUCCAUGACAUUCAAAUUUUUUGGAAAAGGUCUGUAUAUGCAGUAUUCUGGUCACCUUAGCACUGCAUGGAGUCAGCCAUGACAUGUCCGACUUGAUCGAGUGGAAAAAAAAAAAGUUCUCCUCCCAUUCCAUGUGGAAGUGGUCCAUUUUUGGCUUCUUACUUUGUCCUUCUUCCCCACUCUGUACGAAACACUUUCUUAAGUUUAGAAUAAGUAAACUGGUGAGCUUGAUAGCUUGCUAUGCUAGCAGCGGCCGUCUCUAACAUCUAAUAUUAACUAGAGAAGCACUCGGAGAGUGCAGACCUCUGCCAAGCGCCAUAGUGCUCCCCAUAUUUUGAUUCUCACCAAAAUAAAAAUCCUACUUAUAAUAAUGUCCUAAUAUCAGUCUUUGAUAUUUUGUGGAACCUGUUGGAAACUUGUCCUGUGUUUUUGUUCUCUGACCUUUUUUUGUGGAGUUAUAUGCAAAAAAGCCGAAAAUGUUAAAGAAUCGCAAUGUUAAAGAAUCCUUUAAUUCCAGACGGUGAUCCGGAUCACCUCCUAAAUUUAAUGAGUUCUUCCAUAUCCCAUAUCCCAUUCCGGAAAAUGUCAUCCAAAUCCAAUCAGAACUUUUUAAAGUUAUUUUGAACACAAACAAACACAUAAACACCGGCAAAAACAUAACUUCCACGCUGCGCUUGCACUGCUCUUGGUGGAGGUAAAAGCAGUAUUUAAAAAGUCAUAGACGAGUUUUCUAUGCUCUAACUAUGAACAUAUUCCGUUUUUAAAAAUUGGGUCCUACUUUGCAGAAAUUCACAUAUGGUGGUCGAUUCUGGAAUCAGUUAACGGAUAUAAACAAGGGACGGCUGUAUCGAGAGAAAAAAAUAGGAAUCUUAAUUUAAGAGAAAAAUGCACUUUGUUAGAACGCUUUUCAAAGUGUAUUUACUGCAAAGUAUUUGAAAGUGGUGUAUGGACCCGAAUAUGGGACAACCUGUCUUUCGCAAUCUUAUUUUAUGGAAAAAAAUACCGUUGUAUAUUCUGGCAAAUACGGUAAUAUUCGUCAUCAUCGUCAUGGACGUUAAUAGUAUCGAUAUCAGCUGAUUUAUUGAUACGGUAACAAUGCAUUUUGUUGCGAUAUUUUUUUUUUUUUGCCCUGCCAUUCAUCAUAACUGGUUUGUGAUCUCGCGUAAUUGUACUUCUCCCCUCUUGCGCAAAGAGGAUAAGCGGUAUACGCGCAUCACGUUAUGAUUGCGUGUCGGUUAUGUCUUUAUACAUCAUUCUUUGUAGUUUCCAGCACAGAUCAACGCACAAGAUGUGUUGCUUCGUUGUUAGCAUUGUAUUUAGCAUUAGCAUUUCAAGCCUACAGACAGAACGUCUUUGAGUUGACAGUCAGACAUUCAAUUUUAAACGCGCAUUAGUGGUCAGAACAUUUCACUCAGUCGAUUAGUUGAGUCAGUGUUUUCAUUGUUUAAUGCUGCUGAUCCGCAUAUUGCCUGAACUUCCUGUUGUCGUCCCCCCCCUCCCCUCCCCCUCGGUUCAACCCUGAUGUCGACAUGCUGCAAAACUACCAUGAAACUCUAGUCCAGCGUUAGAGACCGGUGGAAUGAUGAUUUUAUUUUCUGAUCUUUGACCCCAGCUACGGCACACGUCUUAGAGCACAUGUUUUUCUAAAGUUAUUGGGGUUCUUGCUUGACUUUGACGUUGCUUGACAAGGAAAUAGUUUGAAUACUGAAAAUUGCCUCAUUUCCUGCCGAUGUGACAUUUGAGGCCCACUUUCUUUAGCAACCCAGAGUCCGAUCUUAUUCAAAAUCAGUCGUCCCUCAAAGGAGGUCAUUGCUGCUGGACCAGAAUCAAUUCAACUAAUGAAGACGUUCUGCGUCAUAGGACUGAAUCAGAACCAAAGACCACAGAUCGCAAUGUUGGGACCGGUUUUCCUGUUCAUCUGUUUUAGUGUAAAAACACAGCUGCUAAUUCACUUAAUUUCCUUUAUUUACAUGCUGCUAAUAGCAACAUGCUAAUCAGGGUGUAAACAAACAAGCCAUAGACUGGAAAAAUAGAGCUGUAUUUAAGUAACGUCUUUUUUCCCCAUAAACACCACAAGUGCAAACCUGUGAAUUAAAAAAUAUAAAAGACAUGUAUUUUUACCAUUGUAUAAUCUGUGUAGAUAUUUUUAUCUAAGGAGCUGUUCAUCAGGUUUGAUUCUUUGCAGGUUUCAUACUCUGAAUGUCUUUGUUGAUUUGUGUCAAAAAAUAAAUGUAUCCAACCACA